AUGACGACAUCUCUCCCUUCUAUUCAACAAGUUCUCCGCAAAUCAUUUACACUAUCUUUUGUUCUUCUGCCCAGAUCUCGCGAGAGAUUCGCGCGGCUGUUGGCGGGGGACGCGGAUGGCGCGCAGCAGCUCGGCGCGCAGCAGCAGGGGGGGGGUGGGGAGUCGUCCAGGGACGGCAAUGACAGCACGGAUCCGCUUCUGCUGUCUAUCCUGACGUGGCACCAGGACAUCACGUACGCGCUCUGCACGUACACAGACGAGCUCUGCCAGCAGCAUAGGAAUGCCGAGGCUGGGAACGCUGCGGCUGGGAGUGCCGAGGCUGGGAAUGCCGAGGCUGGGAGUGCCGAAGCUGGGAAUACGGAGGAAGCAGGGGCGACAGACAAAGCAGCAGCGGUGACAGAAGAGGGCGGAGGCGAAGCGGACCGCCAGGGUUCGAUUCCUGCCGUCGUCAAAGCAGCAGUUUUGGCGGAACUACAGAGUAACGGGUAUCUCAAGGCAUUCCAGGCGCUUAUAUCCGAGGGUCAAGGUCUGGUUGAGCAGGCGCGGGGGAACUUGGGGGAGCGGGCGGAGGGGGAAGGAUCGGGGGAGGGGGAAGGAACGGGGGCGGGGGAGAAGCGAGGGAAGUUGAUAGCGGAGGGGGGCUGGCGGGGGGAGUUGGCGCUUCCGCUGCUGGAUAUGUUCGGAACGGUGCAUAGGCUGAAAGGGAGGGUGGCGGAGUGGGUGGGGGGGUGCGAGCGGGCGGGGGAAAGCGGGAAGGGAAGCGGGGAAGCGAGCGGGAAGGCAUCGGGGGAGGCGAGUGAGGGGGCGGGGGAGGCGGAGGGGGAGGGGGAGCGGGCGUGGGAGCAGUUGGAGGAGGAGGUAGCAGCGGCAGCCAUGGCCGCAUUGCAGGCGGGCAGGGAUGAGAUUAUGGCUGAGGGCGCUCUGAGCGAUGGCCGCGCUGCAGGCUGGGAGAGACGAGAUAAUGGCGGAGACCAGGGCCAUAGUGGCGGAAUGCACUCAGCUGCAAGCUAUGGCGUGCGGGUGAUUGAUGGGGGAGGGGAGGAGGGGGGGUUAGCGGGCAGCUUCAAGCAAGCAGUCACCCUGCGCCGGCAGUACAGCAAGGGGGAAACGGGGAGCGCCAACUUCAAGCAAGCAGUCACCCUGCGCCGGCAGUACAGCAAGGGGGGCGGCAAGGCACCGGGAGCCAAGAGCGGGAAGGCAGGCGGGACAGUGAGCGCGGGGGCAGACCCGCUGACUGUCUUUGUGGUGGAUCGGAUUCGGCAGUUCUGCAGCUGGGACACCAAGCACGCGCUGCUAGGAGCGCACAGCAUCAGCUCCGCCUCCUCCUCCGCCUCCUCUUCCAGGCGCUCCUCUCUCAAGCGUCUCACCAGCACGCCUGUCAACACCAACCGCCGCUCCCUCGUGCUCCCCGCCUCCUCCGUUUCCGCCACCUACCCUUCCCCUUCCCCCCCCGUCUCCGUAGCCCCGGCCAGCUCUGUUUCUGCUAACUACUCUUCCUCCCGUUCGUCCCCUCACGCCUCCCCUUCCCCCUCCCCGACCGCUGCUGCCACUGGGGGCGGGGGUGGUGCUGCUGCUGCUGCCAAACCCCCUUCUCCUUCUGCUGCUGCUGCUGCCAAACCCCCUUCUCCUUCUGCUGCUGCUGCUGCCAAGCCGCCUGUUUCUCCUUCUGCUGCCGCUGCUGCUGCAGGGGGUGGUGCUGCAGGGGCAGGAGGAGAAGCAGCAGCAGCAGCAGCAGCAGCAGCAGUCGAACCAGUAACCAGCAGCAUCAGCAACAGCAGCAGCGGCGGCGGUGUGGCCCUAUGGUCCUACGCCCAGCUCCUAGACAUGAUAUGCGAGCACCAGUCAGACGAGCUCCCUGACUGGCAUGAUAUGGCAACAGGCAUGGUGGAAGGGUUGUGGGCGGCUAUACAGGCCAAGGCGCCUCUGGUGGCUUCUGCAGUGGCGGAUUCGAGGGAUGGGGGGGAUGCGGGGAAGAAGAAGGAAGAGGAGGAGAAGAAGGCGAAGAAAAAGAGUGGGUUUUUUAAGCUGGGGGGUGGGAAAGAGGGGAAGGAGAAAGGGGAUGGAGGCGGGAAGGCUGGUGGCGGCGGCGGGGGUAAAGGGGGGAAGGUAUCGGUUCAGGAGAUCUUGAGGGGGUUAUAUCUGUUCAACAAUGCGGCCUACAUUCAAUCUCUGUUCCCCGACCUACGUAUGUCGAAGGAGUAUCGGCAGCUGGCAGACACUCAGAUGAACCGCUUCCUAGACGUGCUGCUGAAAGAUAUGAUGGGGUCAAUAGGUGCACCCACCACGGGCAUUCCUCCUGCCGAGUUCCAGAAAAGACUGGAUGCAUUCAACGGGGCGUUUGAGGAGCUCUGUUUCAACAUGCGCCGAUUCCACGUGCACGACUCGGUGGCGCGCACUCAGAUCCGCGGCCUGUGCCACGAGCGCAUCCUCUCCUCCUACAAGGAGUUCCUCAUGCCCUUCAGGUGCGCCCCUCCCCCCUCCCCACACACCUCUCUUCCUCUCUUCCUCUCCCUCGCAACGUGUGUCACGAGCGCAUCCUCUCCUCCUAUAAGGACUUCCUCAUGCCCUUCAGGUAACCCAAUUCCCCUUUCAGGUAACCUGUCUGUGCUGUUUCAACACCUUCAACCCUCCCCUCCUUCAACCCUUCCCUCUCUGCUGUGUCACGAGCGCAUCCUCUCCUCCUAUCAGGACUUCCUCAUGCCCUUCAGGACUUCCUCAUGCCGUUCAGGUGCUCCUCCCCUCUCUUCCUCUCUUCCUCUCCCCUCUGCUGUGUCACGAGCGCAUCCUCUCCUCCUACAAGGACUUCCUCAUGCCCUUCAGCAGUUCCAAGAGAGUGAUACGCUUGGUAUCGUCCUUCCCCUGCAUCUCCUGCUGCCAAUCCCUUCAUUCCAGGGAGGACCUAUUUCCUCCCCUUUCCUGCUACCCUCCCUUCCCUUUCUCUCCUCCCUUUUUUCUCUUCGUUUGCUGCAGGCAGGGGUGCGGUUUUACAAACACCGCUGUUUGUGCGAGACACUGCAGGCAGUCAUGCCUGCACCACACAGUUCCCUCCCCUUUUCUCCUCUCCCCUCGCCCCCUUCUCUUUCCCCCCCUUCAAUCAUUGCAGGCAGGGUGCAGGUCUACAAGCACGGCUGUCUGUACGAGUCUGCUCCUGCCUAUGUCACGGACCAGCCUUUUUUCCUCAACACGGCCAUCCAGGCCCGCACGACCCUACCCCCCCACGCGCUGCUCUCUCUGCUCAAGUCAAUCGAGUCAACCCUCGGGAGGGACCUCAACCCUCUUACCGCCCAGCGCUUCGGCCCCCGGCCCUUAGAUCUCGAUUUGAUCUGCUACGGAUCUAGAACCAUCCGGCCAGACGAAACCGCUCCUGCUGCUGCUGGUGCUGCCGGUUCUGCUGCCCCUGCUGCUCCUCCUCCUCCUCCUCCUGUUGCUGCUGGUUCCGCUUUUCCAGCUGCUCCUGCUCCCCCUGCGGCUCCUGCCCCCCCUGCGGCUCCUGCUGCUGCAGCUACCCGCACCCCGUUUGAUCUCGAGGUUCCACACCCGCGCGUAGCAGAGAGGCUCUUUGUGCUCGCGCCAGUGAUCGAUCUAUUGGGGUCGGCUCAAGCUGGGGGCGAAGAGGAGACACCCUCUUGGGUGUUUCACCAGGCGUUUGGGAAGGAUAGAGUGCCGGGCCUCUGGAAGAAUCUGGGCGGAGAAGCAGCAGUGGGGGGAACGGACCUGAGGAGGGUAGUUCCCCUUUCCCAGCGCCUAUUUAGAGGGCAGAGCGAGGGGAGGAAGGAAGAGGGGGAGGGUCCCUUGUGGGCGUGGGAGGGGCAGCAGCGGCCUCUGGUAAUGGCGGCAGUGGCAGCGACGACAGAGGCAGCAGCAGCAGCAGCAGCAGCAGCGGCAGUAGCAGCAGCAGCAGCAGCAGCAGCAGCAGCAGCAGCAGCAGCAGCAGCAGCAGCAGCAGCAGCAGCAGCAGCAGCAGCAGCAGCAGCAGCAGCAGCAGCAGCAGCGGCAGUAGCAGCAGCAGCAGCGGCGGCGGCGGCAGUGGCAGCAGCAGCAAAAACAACAACAGCAGUGUAUGUGUGA